UCAGUAGGUAUCUACUGCCUACCUUAGGUCACCUAGUUAAAUAGGUACAUAAAUAAAAUGAUAUCAUUAACAAGCGUUUUCAGCCUAAGAUUUUUUGUCAAUUUAAACUAAUACUUGUAGUGGUCACAAAAGGUUACACCAUCUUAUCCGUUGUUAGGGACCGACACCUAUUUCCAUUUUUUUUUUGUGGGACCAUAUGUUUACUUAUUAAGUCCAUUUUAACAGAAAGCUAUUAAUUGAUUUGCGUUCUGUUAUAAUUGGGCAUUUAUAAAGAGCAGAUACUGAUAAACUGUUACAAUCCAACUAAAUGCUUAAACUUUUGACGACAAUUAAAAAUGUUACGAUGGUGGAUUAAUUUUCAUUAACUGUUACUAGCCAAUAGCUAGCCAUUUAAACAUAAAGUUGAUUCAUGAUUGAGCGGUGGGUGACACGUUAUGGGAGUCCCGAUGAAUAAUUGAGGUACUCGUAGUUUCACGCAUGCGCAAGACGCCGGCAAAGCGAGACGUAGCCCCAGGCCGCGCAUCUAAUCGAGCUCAGUGCACCGAUACAGGCACUCCGUUAUAAAGGAAUAAGUUUUUUCUUACGUGUUUUGCGUUGAUUUUUCAAGCGUCUAGCACCGUACUUACAGAAAUGUGUGUAUCGACGUCCUUAUAAGUUUGAGGAUACAGUAUUCGUCUAAGCGUAGAAUACAAGGUAUAGUGCGUACGAUGCAAGCCGGGGGGCCGGACAGCGCGGCGGUCUCGGAGGCCCCCAGUAGCGGCAGCGAGGAGUCUGACUGCGAGCCGGGGCCUGAGGCUGACGCAGAUGCCGCUCUCACUGAAGAGUGGGCACGGGAGCUGUUAGCCGGCGCGGGCGUGGCCGCUCCUAAUGAGGUCCAUGUAGAAUCAAGAGCCGGGGUUGCAGGAGCUCUAAGUCGCGUCCUAGCAGUAACAGUGUGCUACGAGAGCAAUGGCGAACCCAGAUCUCUGCCACUCGUAGUCAAACUGCCCCCACGGGACCCGUUUGGCCGGCUUUUCGUGGCAGAGGCACAGUUCGAUACCAGGGAGAUCCUAUUCUACACAGAGCUGGCGCCGGCUCUCAAUAAACUGGCUGAAGAAGCUCUCGGGCCCGGAAUGGGUCUACAUGUGCCAAAAUGCUUGAAGGCCAGGCUACCCGAUGAAAUUGGUGGAGACAGUGAACUUGUUCUAGAAGACGUAACGUCAGUUGGCUACGAAGCAGCCGACUUUGCUGAAGGUCUGACGGAAGAGCGCGCUCGAUCUGCUCUUUUCGCUGCAGCAAGACUCCACGCGCUUUCUCUCGCUCUACGUGAUAGAGAAGGACCUUUAGAUCAGAGAUUUGAUUUCUUGUUUCCAUGUGAAAGAGCGGCAGCAGGGUACUUGCGACUCGUGCGGCGAGGAUUACCACAGCUUGAAUCCUUUUUAAGAGGACGUGCAGACUGCGUUGAGGAAGCAGCCGCGGUGUCUGCCCUAAGUGCCCGUGCGCCAUCUUUACUUGGAACGUUGCUGAGACCUGCUGAACCUGCACCACUCGCACAUGCUGAUUUCUGGAGCGGUAACCUUCUAUUCAGAGAAAGAGAAGGUGUCAGCGAAUGUAUAGCCCUUGAUUGGCAAAUGGUCUCACUGGGCAGGCCAAUGGAUGAUGUAGCAUUAUUACUUUUGUCAUCGUUAACACCAGAACUGAGAAGAUCAGUUGGCGACACUUUAAUAGAAGAAUAUGGAGACCGUUUGGAAGCUGAAUGUGCUAGAUUGGGUGCUUCCGCUGCUGGAGCGGCGGUGAGGAGAGGCUUAAGGCCCGACUGGCCUCGAGCCGCGCUGAGGGCUCUGUUGCUAUGUGCUGGAAGUGUUGAUGUAGCUCUAGGUGAACCGCGAGCAGAGAGGCGCUUACUAGAAGCAGUUCGGGAUCUUCAUUCGCAAGGAGUUCUGGCACUCAGGCCGGACAACGAGGCGUGAGUGCUCGUAAGAUUGUGCCAAGAGCGUGCUGAAUAUUUUAAAUCAACCGUUCAUUAUUUAACGAUGCAGUCCAAUUACAUAGUGUAACUAAUAUUUAUUUCGGUAAACUUAAUCUAAGCACAAAUUACAGUUUAUUUGUGUAAUGACAAUGUUAUUCUAAUUAGUUAACAACGAUCGGAUUCGACGGAAACGACUGUGGCCCGAGCCGUAUGCUGGCAACGGUGAUAAGCCUAAUCAAAGACUGAAUUUACGUAUAUCUACAUCGUGCGUAUGUUGUAUCGUACCUACAGUAGGUGGUAAUUGCUCAUCGUAUCAAAAGCUAGAAAUUCAUUGCGGUCUAUUGACUAUUAUUUAAAACAGAAUAAAUAUUAUUGUCAGUA